AUGAAGGGGAGCUCUGAGGACAGCAUCGAGACCAUCAGGCCCUCCAACCUCCAGGCGUUCGCCAACAUGUCCACGCUACAUGGCAUGAGUCACAUAUUCGCCUAUGGACACAUGACGUUUCGGCGUUUCCUGUGGUCGCUUUCGUUCUUGGGUUCGUUAGCGUUGUUGAUGAUCGUGUGCAUGGACAGAGUUAUAUACUACCUAGAAUACCCUCACGUUACGAAGUUGGACGAGGUGGCGGCUCCCAACCUCACCUUCCCCGCCGUCACGUUCUGUAACCUCAAUGAAUUCCGUUUCUCGAAAAUCACCAGGAAUGACCUCUAUCACGUGGGAGAGCUGCUGGCGCUCCUCAAUAACAACUACCAAAUAGCCAACCCGCACCUGGCCGAUCCCGAGGUGCUUUCCGCCCUAAAGGAUAAAGCCAACUUUCAAAACUUCAAGCCCAAGCUGUUUAACAUGACGGACUUUUAUAACCGGACGGGACACGACAUCAAGGAUAUGUUACUGCAGUGCACCUUCAGAGGAGAGGACUGCUUCCCGGCAAACUUCACCACAAUUUACACAAGAUACGGAAAGUGCUACACGUUCAACUCCGGGCAAGACGGCAACCCACUGCUCACCACACUGAAGGGUGGAACGGGGAACGGGCUGGAGAUCAUGCUGGACAUCCAACAGGACGAGUAUCUGCCUGUGUGGGGAGAGACAGAUGAGACCUCAUACGAAGCAGGAAUCAAGGUUCAGAUCCACAGCCAGGACGAGCCACCCUUCAUUGACCAGCUGGGGUUCGGAGUAGCCCCCGGUUUUCAAACUUUUGUCUCUUGUCAACAGCAACUGCUGCUCUACCUCCCUCCGCCCUGGGGGGAUUGUAAAUCAACCCCCAUAGACUCUGAGUUCUUCAGCACAUACAGCAUCACGGCCUGCCGCAUCGACUGUGAGACACGCUACCUGCUGGAGAACUGCGACUGCAGGAUGGUGCACAUGCCGGGUACAUCCAGAGUGUGUACUCCUGAGCAAUACAAGGACUGUGCCGACCCGGCUUUAGACUUUUUGGUUGAGAAAGACAACGAUUACUGUGUCUGUGAGACCCCCUGCAACAUGACUCGCUAUGGAAAGGAGCUGUCCAUGGUUAAGAUCCCCAGUAAGGCGUCUGCUAAAUAUCUGGCUAAGAAAUUCAACAAAACUGAGCAGUACAUCGGAGACAAUAUUCUGGUCUUGGACAUCUUCUUCGAGGCUCUGAACUAUGAAAAGAUCGAGCAGAAGAAGGCCUAUGAGAUCGCAGGGCUUCUGGGGGACAUCGGAGGGCAGAUGGGACUCUUCAUAGGAGCCAGUGUGCUGACAAUUUUGGAAAUAUUUGAUUACUUGUAUGAGGUGUUCAAAGAUAAGGUCUUGGGCUCAUUUUUGAGGAAGAAGCGUCCCCAACGCUGUCAGAGCGAUAAUCUGAGCACCUGUGACACACUGCGGAGUCACUCGGACAGCCUCGGAUUCACGCCGAACAUGUUACCUCGUCACCCGACUCUAGGCAACUUCGAGGAGUUCGCCUGUUGA